CUUAUUUGCAUACGUCGUCUGUGGGUAGCUGCACGACCAGCAGGGGUAGAUUAGGCGAGGGAAGUGCCAAGAGGACCGUAUACACAUGAGUCGAGUCACCGACGGACGAAACUGACACUGUGUGGACUGUACUGUGAAAAAGCAGCAGAGUUAUGUACUGUGCUCAUCCGGUCUCAGGCGCGGGAAGCAACUCACUGAUGUAUUGCUACAACAUGAAGCCCACUUAUGGGCAGUCCCCGGGUAGUGACGACUUCAGCCAGAACUCAUCCUUACAUCCGUCUAGCAAGGCCUCCAGCAAUGUGUUUGCCAGCACUUUUUUGGAGGGCACAAGCAAUUUUCCUGACAUCUGGAGUGCAGUAAACGGACUGAACCAGCAUGGCUAUGAAGGUGCACUGGGAGUAACCAGCAGCCACCAAACGCAGGCGGGGAACUACAGCAGUCUGCAGCCGCACGGCCACCUGGACUACUCUCCACACUCGGUGAUUGCAACAGACAUGAACAGAGGUCUUCCUCCCAUGUCCACAUUUCACCACAACAAUGCAUCAUCACAUGCUCCGUCGAUCAACACAACAGACAAUUCCACAGUCUCAGGAAACCACACAAAUGUGCCAGGAGGCUCACAGACUGGCGAUACAUUGGGCAAAGCGCUGGCGUCUAUUUAUUCCCCCGAUCGCACCAGCAGCAGCUUCCCUUCCAGCUCGUCCACUCCUGUGAGGUCCCCGUCGCCUUUGCCAAACGCCAGUGAACCCGCAGGAACCAAUAUGUGGCCCCGCAACUCUGUACAGACACCUGUGUCGCCACAUUAUGAGUCCUCACUUAUAUCCAUGUCUCAGGUAGAGGACAGACUGGACAGAUUGGACGAUGUCAUCCACGUUUUAAGGAACCACGCCGUCGGUCCCAUGCCCAGCCUGCCCGCUGACAUCCACAGCCUGCUGAACCAGAACCUCCUCGGCCGGCCAAACCCUGCCAGCACACUCCCGCUCACAUGCCACACCCCAACUAUGGUUGAGGCUGUCACCAUGAACAACAACCAUUCAGCCUUCCAGGGGCGCACACAAAAUGGACACCCGUACCCAGCGAGACAAGGGACCACUCUGGAGCCGAUGUCGGGAGGAUGCAGAGGGAGUUUGGGAAUUCCAGGAAAUGCGGAGCUGAAAAUUGAAAGCAUUGAGAGGGAAGACAUGAUGCACACCAGCCACAGUUCCGACAGUCAAAGGUCAGAUGAGGAGAGUGAACUCAAGACGCAUGGAGACAACGGCACGAGGGACAGUAUCCACGAGGACGAAGAUCUAAGUCCGGAGCAGAAGGCCGAGCGUGAGCGCGAGAGGAGGAUGGCCAAUAACGCUCGGGAGCGUCUGCGCGUACGCGACAUCAACGAGGCGUUCAAGGAGCUGGGUCACAUGUGUCAGCUGCACCUGAAGAGCGAAAAGCCGCAGACCAAGUUGCUGGUGCUGCACCAGGCUGUGGCCGUCAUCCUCAGUCUGGAACAACAAGUCAGAGAGAGGAACCUAAACCCAAAAGCUGCGUGUCUGAGGAGGAGAGAGGAAGAGAAGGUGUCUGCUGUCAUGACUGAUCCGCAGUCCAUGCAUGUCGCAUUUCAUCCAGGUCUUACCGAUCCUGCAAACCCAAUGGGCCAUCUCUGAGGCUCCAAGCGGUCAACAAGUCCAAUUUAGCAAUUUGGACGUCAUGCUUCCAAAUUGAUCUUUAUGAGGAUAUAUUUUUAUUAACAUUUGGUUGUUAACAUAGUCUGAAAGGAGCUCUAAAUUGUGUAUGGGAGGAUAUACCGUAUUGUACACUACACACACACAAAAAAAGUUGGGCAUAAUUGGGUUUUUGGGUUGAAUUUCAAGAUGAAACUAAAAUGCACUUUAGCCUACAGAUGAACGUAACUUGACCUCUAAACAUUUCAAUGCACAUCUCACCAACCAGUGGCAGUCCGAGGUCUCAUCACACUUAGUGAGAGCCCCUUUAGCCACCCCACCACACACACUACCAACACACUGCACACACUGAUGAAUUGAACAUCCAUCCAUUUUCUGUACCGCUUUAUGCUCACAAGGGUUGCGGGCAUGAGUGCCUAUCCCAGCUGUCUUCAGGCAGUAGGCGGGGUGCACCCUGAACUGGUUGCCAUUCAAUCACGGGGCACACACAGAUGAACAACCAUUCACGCUCACAACCACACCUAGGGACAAUUUAGAGUGUUCCAUUAACCUGCAACGCAUGUUUUUGGAAUGUGGGAGGAACCCGGAGUACCCGGAGGAAACCCACGCAGGCACGGGGAGAACAUACAAACUCUACACAGGAAGGCCGGAGCCGGAAUCAAAUCCUACACCUCUACCCUGUGAGGCCGAUGUUCUAACGAGUCAUCCACGUGCCGCCUUGAAUUGAAAACACACUAUUUUAAAUAUGCUGCAUUGGAAACAAGGAAUACAGAAUCAUCAAAAUAUAUUUCGAAUUAAGGAAGCAGAAUUACAAAAACACAAGUAUUGCAUUGUACAAAUGAAAACAAAAAAAACCUAAAGGGAGUCCAACUGCAGUACGUUUGGCUUUGUUUCCUAGCAUGCUUGCUUUCUUUGUUCAGGAUUGCCCGAAUUAAAUUAUUUCAAAAGUGUUGCCGUCUGCAACUCUCCAACAGAGAGCGACUCCAGAUGGGGGGCGCAGAAAGAAAACCACUUCACGCAGAUUUUUUUGUUGUUGUUGUUGGGAAUGCCGCCUUGUGUUGCAACACACAAUUCACAUACCCGGAGCUGCCAGUGACUCUAACUGUUCAAUGCUUUAGUGACUUUUGUCAUUCUGCUUCAUGUUAGACGCACAUGUAAAAAGUACUGAAACAUUUCGAACAGUUGGACAUUGAAAAGUUUAGCGAGGGACAAAAUCAGCUAAAUAAGUUCACAUGUAAAGUGUAUCGUGCAUUUUAGGUUCACCCAAAAUGCUGAAUAUUCUUGCAUUUUUGUGAGUAGUGUAUUGUAUGUGAGUGUAUUUUGAUUAAACCAGUCAAUAAAUACUUAACUCUGGGUCUCUGGCUAAAUGAAGAGCAUCAGAGACUCAUGAUGCAGUUGAAUAAUCAUCCCCUCGCUUUUCCAACACAAUUCUAACUUUGUGCCUAAAAGUUUACUUCUGAAAGACAAAUGCAUUGUAACUUGGAGAUAUUUUGUCCGUUUUUUAUCUGUCCUGUAUGGAUAGAACUCAGUUGUGGCGAGGUGUCAUCUGCACUUUGGCAAACCGUUUGAUAGUAUGUUGUUCAGACAGCAGAUUUAUUUGUUCUGUGGCAUUGUGAGUAUGGAAGUUUCUGUGUGUGUGUGCGUGUGUGCACGCUUGCCUGUGUGUUUUAGGAGUUGGCCCAUUCUGUGAAUGAACACAUCUCCAAGAAUGUUUUAAUUAGCAUCUUAUCUAUUGAAGCUUUUCUUUUAUUUGUAUGUUUAGCACUGUUACGAACAACACUGGUGGGCAAAAACAAAACAUUUGUCACUCACAUAAUUCCUUUUCAGAUCUAGCCAAAUGUGUGCGUGUGUGGGGGGUGGGGGGUUGCAUGUUUAGGACAUUUUUUUCUUCCCCAAGUUAUGCAAGUUAUCUUUUAUACAAAUGUCUGUAAAUGCUUUGGUCACACUUUAUUUUACAAAGGAAACUCUCUGGUGCAGUUUUAGACACAUUUCAUGUUUUGAGCAAUAUGCUUAUGUAGAAUGCUGUUUAUUGCUUUUUUGAACAAAUCUCAAAAAGUCAUUAAAAAGUUCUGCUAUUAUAAAAUGUACAGUUUGUGUACAGUUCAAAGUAGCCUAUUGGCUUGUGUCUGCAUAUAGCAAUACAGUACGUUUUUCUUGUU